AUGACUGCUCGUCAAUCAUCGCCAACAUCAGAUCACUCGCAUUCGGACAGUAAUGUUCGCAAGAGGGUAUGCAAGGCCUGUGAUCGUUGUCGCUUAAAAAAAUCCAAGUGUGACGGUGCCAGCCCAUGUGGUCGAUGCCGAGCAGACAAUGCGAUCUGCGUCUUUGGCGAAAGAAAGAAGGCCCAUGAUAAAGUGUACCCCAAGGGAUAUGUUGAGAUGCUGGAGCAACAACAAGCAUGGCUAGUCCACGGCCUUCAGGAACUAUAUCGACGAGCCGCUGAGGGCGAAGGAUGGCCAGGCGAACCAUUGAAAUGCGAAUCAAACGGCCACCCUCUCACACACGACAUGCUCACCCGAUUAGGCGCAUUGGACCAGAGCAAAGGCGAACGUUUCGAGGAAAACCCUGAGAAUAUGCAGCAGGAUCUAUGGAGGCAGAAUUCAGGACAUAUGCAGCGCCAGGAGUCGUCGGACGGUAGCUCAGAAAGCCCACAAUCGCCCGUUGCUCCCUCGCGCUUCCCAGACGCCUUUGCCCGACAUCAACUACCUCCUACACCUCCCAGCUUCAGCCCGUCGUCUCGCGCACAACAUCUGUCUAUCAAGCAGGAACCCCAAAUCACACCGAACAACCCUACCUUUGCGCCUCAGCUUUCUAUGCCAGGCGUGGUCAACCCUAUUGCGCUUCAAGGCGGACCACAGCACUGGCCCAACAAUGGUUUUGGGGCUUUCGAUGAGAUGGACUUGAUGGGACCUGCAGAUUACGCCAAUUUGUCUUUUGAUGAUCAAAUGUCGUCACCGAUGUUCAGUCGCCAGAUUCCUAUGAACUGUAUGACAUCAGGGUACAUGGACACCAAGAGCGAUUACGAAGACUUCAACCAAUUCCUGAAUCCGAAUCCAACAGAGAUCACAUCGAUUUAG